GAAAAUGCAGUAAUUAUUUGACUUUUUGUGUGGGUUCGCAAUCGAUGCAGAUCUUUGUGGUCGACAAAGAAGCCUCAGCCGGAAGAAUUCUGGUUCUUAGUCGGCUCUUGUCAUUUAUUAUUCCAGCAUGGCGGAGCCUGAAGUAAGACGCCAGCCUCAGAGAGAAGAUCUGCAGAGGGCGCAAUCUGCUGAGACCAACGCUGAAGAAGAAAUGGAGCUCAAAUAUGGAGCUAAAAAUCUUCUGCAGUUGAUGAUGCCAGUGACAGUCUGCAUGAUCCUAGUCGUGGCCAAUUUGUUGACAGUGCCUGCAUUUGGGGCGAAUGAAGGCACGUAUUUGCCGUACGUUCCCUUUCACGAAGAAGGUGAUAUAUCCGGCGGUACGAAAUUCGGCCAGGCAAUCGUCAACACCAUCAUCGUGGUGUGUAUAUUUGCAGCAGUGACGUUUCUAGUGGUCUUGCUCUACUAUUAUGAGUGCUACUGUUUCCUGUAUGGCUACCUGUUCUUCGCCAGUUUGAUGUUGCUGGCUGGAUUGGGAUUUGUGUAUGUGGCACAAGUGAUCAAAGAGUCGAACACAUACGUUGAUCUAAUAACAAUUUCACUUGUCAUGUUCAAUCUGUCCGUUGCGGGCAUGCUGGCAAUCUUCUGGAAGAGUCCACUAGUUGUGCAGCAAGUUGCUUUGGUAGCGUCGUGUGUUAUGGUGGCCAGUGCUUUCUUACAGUACUUGCCUGUAUGGACUGCCUGGGUUCUCUUGGCUGGGAUGGCUUUGUACGAUUUGGCGGCCGUCCUCUGUCCAUAUGGGCCGCUCAAGUUGCUGGUGAACAUAGCAACCACACGCAAUGAAGGCUUUCUGCAGUCGCUCAUCUAUUCUUCCACGAUGAUGUGGACGGUGACCAUGGCUGACCUGGAUGUCGAUGAUGAUGAAGAUGGCGAGGCGCGAAGCAACCAGGGUAUUUCGCACAUUGAAUCCUGUACCACCGGUGGUGCAACAACAGACGGAGAGGAGGAAGAAGAAGAAUCAGGCGCAAAGCUAGGUCUUGGUGACUUCAUCUUCUAUAGUAUUCUUGUCGGUCGUGCCACAAUUGACAGCAAUGGUGACUGGAACAUCAUUCUGGGCUGUGUAUUGGCCAUCCUUAUCGGUUUGGCUUUGACCCUUCUUCUCUUGGCGAUUUUCAAGCAAGCAUUGCCUGCCCUGCCCAUAUCCAUCACUCUGGGUCUGAUCACGUAUUUUGCGUCCCAGUAUGCCAUCACGCCAUUCACGAACCAACUGCAUUCCAGCCAAGUGUUCAUCUAAGAUUGAUCUGUGCUUGGUGAGCACAUCGAUUGCAUCCAACAGCUAGCUCUGGAUGUUGUAGAUGGCAGCAACUAAGUUACCUCAGACUAGUACGUGCUUGGUCAUCGUUGCUGGUGGUCCAGUUACAGCUGACUUACACGUACUGAAAGAGAGAGCUUUUGAAGACCCUAAAUACUUCUCUUUUAUCACUUGUUGACCUUGCGGCAUUUUUUAUUCUAUGAGCUAAAGAACUCACCAGUAAAGUAUCAGCAUGAUUAUGAAGAAAAUGUAGCACCUGCUCAAUGCUGCGUCCAUCGUAAUAUUAGUAUUAUGAUCAUACUACUCGUAGCCGUCAUGUUUUAUUUUAUGCAUUCGCAACACUAUGCUGGCGUCAUGUUACUUUUUGCAUACCUUCUAAAAUGGAUUGGACAAGACUGUUAUAGACAGUAGCAGUACAUGUACAGCUGUGUACAUGCUGUACUUGAAGUAGUGUACAUAGCUAGCUGUAGUUGAAGUAGCUGCCAAUCUAUUCACAUGAUAGUUGUAGCAGUACUGCAGUUCUUAUCCAUCCCCUUACACAUCAUUCCACAAAGUGCAGUGGGUACAUUGUGUCAUGAAUGGAAUUUCAUACAGUAGA